GGGGAGAAGGAGAGCGAGAGAGGGUGAGUGAGUGUGAGAUAGAGAGAGAGAGAGGGGGCUGCCUGACUGGAGGUAACGUUAAACGGGGACCGGAGUAGCUCGACCGAGGAAGAGCGGCCUGCCCACCCUGAGACAGACACUGCGGCAGAGAACAGACGGGCACUUUGACAGCAGGCGAGGUCGGGAGCAGGCGGCCGGCAGCCCGUGGGGAGGGCUGGGGAGCGCAUGAGGAGACCGAGCCCUGGGCCCCGGGUCCCGACGCAGAGCGCAGCCAGCGACGCAGCCAGAGGGGAGCGGCCGCAGGAGGAGGAGCGCAGCCAUGAGGUCCAUCCGCUCGUUCGGCAACGAUGACCGCCACGUGAUGGCGAAGCACUCUGGCAUCUACCCGUCGCCGGAGGAGCUGGAGGCUGUGCAGACCCUGGUGUCCACGGUGGAGUGUGCUCUCAAGCACGUCUCUGACUGGCUGGACGAGCUGAACCGUCCCGCCGCCGCCUCCCAGGAGCCCGAAAGCAACGGCUCGGACGACGGAGCCAAUAGGGAGCCCAGCGGGGGGGUGCUGUGCGGCGUGGUGCGGGUCGGCCUGGUGGCCAAGGGCCUGCUCAUCAAGGAGGACAUGGAUCUGGAGCUGGUGCUGAUGUGCCGGGAGAAGCCCACAGAGACACUGCUGCACACGGUGUGCGAGAGGCUGCCGCUGCACAUCAAGAAACUGACCGAGGAGCCGUAUGAGGUGACGGACUCGGUGCGGGAGGCGGCCAUCUUGGUGCACGGCACCUCCGAGCCCAAGCUGACGCUGAAGGUGACCCUGACCUCUCUGCAGAUGAGGGAGGAGGGCGGCCAGGAGGAUGAAGGUAACCAAGUAGAGCGCACUGAGCCAGCAGAAGCGCCCGACCUGCUGGACCGGCAGAGCUGUCUGGUCGCUCUGGCGUCUCUGCGACAUGCCAAAUGGUUCCAGGCGCGAGUGAACGGCUUGAAGUCCUGUGUAAUCGUGCUGAGAAUCCUGCGGGACAGGUGCAACAGGGUACCUGCAUGGGAACCUCUCAAGGGAUGGCCUCUGGAGCUGAUCUGUGAGAAAGCCAUCGCCACAUGCAGCCGGCCGCUGGGGGCGGGCGAGGCCCUGCGCAGGGUGAUGGAGUGUCUGGCCUCUGGCAUCCUGCUCCCAGGCGGCCCAGGCUUACAUGACCCGUGCGAGAAGGAGCAAACGGACACGCUGUCCGCCAUGACGGUGCAGGAGGCGGAGGCAGUCACUGCCAGUGCCCAGCAUGCCCUUCGGCUUCUGGCUUUUGGGCAGAUCUACAAGGUCCUGGAGAUGGACCCUCUGCCAUCAAGCAAACCCUCCCAGAAGUACUUGUGGUCAGAAAAAGAAGGGUCGGGUCUGAAGAGGCCUUAUGAGGAUGGCGUGACGGAUGACAAAGACCUCAUCAAGAAGAUGAAGCGCAACCUGAGGAAAGUCCUAGACAGCAAAGCAAUAGACAGCAAUCAGCCCAUGAACGCCUUGAUGCGGCUCAACCAGAUCCGUCCGGGUCUGCAGUACAAGCUGCUGUCGCAGUCGGGUCCGGUGCACGCGCCCGUCUUCACCAUGUCCGUCGACGUCGACGGCACCGUCUAUGAAGCUUCAGGCUCCUCCAAGAAAACGGCCAAGCUGCACGUGGCGGUUAAGGUUCUGCAGGCCAUGGGCUACCCCACCGGGUUUGACGCCGACCUGGACUCCAUGAGCGCGGACGAGAAGUCGGACAGCGAGGGCAAGAGCGAGACGUCCUCGAACCCGAGCAAUAACGCCAGCAACUCCGCCACAGAUGGCUCCAACACACUGGAGCUACGCACUCAGGGCCCUAUACUCACCGCCAGCGGAAAGAACCCGGUGAUGGAGCUGAACGAGAAGCGGCGCGGCCUCAAGUACGAGCUCAUCUCCGAGAGCGGCGGCAGCCACGACAAGCGAUUCGUCAUGGAGGUGGAGGUGGACGGCCAGAAGUUCCGUGGAGCUGGGCCCAAUAAGAAAGUAGCCAAGGCCAGCGCCGCCCUGGCUGCCCUGGAGAAGCUCUUUUCCGGGCCCAACGCCGCCGGGAACAAGAAGAAGAAAAUCAUCCCUCAGGCGAAAGGCGCCAUCGCCGCAGCAGCUUCUGCAGCAGCCCAGGCCGUUCGCGGCCGAGGACGGGGAGCCCUGGCCCGGGGGGCCUUUGUGACGGCCGCCGCUGCCGCGCCCGGAUACGUCACUCCAGGCUACGGCACCCCCUAUGGGUACAGCGCGGCCGCCGCCGCCCCCGCUUAUGGUCUGCCCAAGAGAAUGCUUCUGUUGCCUGUCAUGAAAGUGCCCGCCUACCCAAUCCCUCACUACUCCUUCUUUUAGCACUGAGGCCCCCAGGCCGCCCCCCCUUAUCCAACCCAAACUGUACAGAUUUUUAGAAGGGAAUUUUUGUGCUUUCUUUUCUACUUUAAAACUUCGUUUUAAAAAUUAAAAAAACAGGUUUGUUCAUCAAAAAUUUUGAGGAUUUGUACUGUGAAAUGUUACCUCAGUCUUGGAAUAUAAAUUAUACAAGCUUUUUUUUGUUGUUGAUGUGCUGUUUUUUUUCUGAGGGGGAGGGUUUACGGGCCGUAACAUUUGGCUCUGACACACACUGUAAAGGUGACCAGCUAUGUGAAGGAUGUAUAGACGAUACUGCCAGCAUUGGUGAAUAAACCUUUGUAUCUUACAACACCUGAGUACUGACUGGUGUAUACAGCCCUUUAGCAUCGUAAGCGCAUUCGGGGGCUUUAGCAUUAAGGCUAACACUGGUAUUCUUUGCUGGUACUUAAUUGCCCAGUACGGUGGUGGGUCGUAGGAGGGGGUAGAUGAUUUCUGGUGGUUUGUUUGUCCAGAUUGGCGGUUUGGGGCUUUUGAUCUUUAGCCGCCUCUCUCUGCUUCUGUGGUAGCAUUGCCUUUCUCUUAAAACUCUUCCAAAAAUGGCUUCUAAGCCACAGUUGGCUAACAUAUGUAAUGGUUUACUGCUUUAAAUUAAUUGUUAAGCCCUAGAAAAUGAACAGAUUACAGUACUGCUCUGCACACACGCAGCGAACGACAGCAACGGACAGAAAACGUCUCGAAGUCUUAGCGACGAAGGAUAAUAUUGAUGAAAUGUUCUGUCGCAAUCUUUGUUAGACUAUCAGGACCAGGCCCGGGAGGUUUCUCUGACUGAUUAUCCUGUCCGAAAUCAAUGGGUGAUGGAAUUAAUCAAAAAAGGGGAAACGAUUGCGGCCUGCCUUUUGGCCAGGGCAGAGCUCCUGUUUGUGGUCCUGAUAGCUGACCGCACACACCCAUCACACAGGGUUCUUGUGGCCUUCAGUUGCAUGUGUGUCAAACGCGAUAGGCCGCUUGGCUGGUUCCUCCCGAGGUUCCCGGCAAAGGGUCCAAACACACGCACACUCCAGAGAGGCAAGAACACAGCUACUCGCGGCGGAAUCAAAAGCAGCAACAAGGGUCCACCAAGACUUGCUACCUAACUGUCCCAUAUUUUUAUUUUAAUUUUUGUGAAGUGUCUGUGUGAGCUACAAGUCUGUCUUUUCCCAUGAGGCCAGCACAGGUACCUCACAACACGCCUUCAUCUUCCUCCUGUCAUCUUCCAACGCCUGAUGGUUCAUGUAUAUAAGGUGGUUUCCCCUCUGUUUUGAUGAAUGUUAUGAGUAAAAUCUGCCUUUCUCAUAUUAGAAGGGAUAGCCCAAAACUAGCCAGAAGACCAAUUUCCAGCCAAUCCCUGUCUCCCAAACUCCCUACCAAUGCUCGGUGCGGCCCAUUUGGAAUUCUGGUCCUUCUGGCAGCUUUGGGCUGUUUGGGGCUGAAGCUCAGGAGUCUGGGGAGUUCUGAUCUGUCAGGAUAAGCUUUUGCUGGCCCGUGGCUGGGACAGGGUCAUCGCUGACGAGAGAAGGCACAGUCUCUCCUCCAAAUGCUAUUGGUUGAUAUCAAGCAAUACCAUGUUUUGAUUGGGUACAGUUUCACUUUCCAAAGGGGGAUGGGAGCACUAAGCCACCGCCCCCAGACCAAUGAGGUUACUGUCGCAAACUGUCCCUGCUGCUAAUUCUCAUCCAAGCUCGCCCUCUCUCGUCUUGAUGGCAGCCAUUGUACUAGACUAUCUCCAAAAUCACCCUUUAAUUUAUCUCUCCAGAGUUACUAACUACAUUGUCUGAACUACAGAGUUAUUGCAUACAGUUUUUACAUUUCUAUGCUUUAUCUUGAACGAAUGGGCUCCAAGUUUUUUUUAUUUAUUUUUUUUGUCCGAAUUGGUAAUGUGCAACUUCAGUUGUUGAUGUCUUUUUUAUUAACCUGAUACGCCCCGAUGCAAUGAAAACCCCACAUACAGCUGAAAGAGCAGAGAUUUCCAACCUGGAAUGUGUAAUGCUGCCUCCUGCAGGUCCGGACAUUAAUUGCAGUCUCUCUGCUCUUCUUCUCACUGUAGGUGGUCUUUUCAUUGACAAUCCCUUUUACCAGCCGCGGACCAUCGCACCUUUUAUUAUUCACUUGGGUCCUCAAGAUCUCUUCUCUGACUUCUAGAACCAUCAGGUUGUGUGGCUCUAAACGCUCUUACUGCUUUCGGCCUAACCAGGCUAUCUCCACUGUACAGAACAGUCAAACUAUCUCUACGUAUAAGGCAUAUACCCCAACAACAGAAAAGCAAUAUGACUUUAGUUAACUUUAGCAAAAUCGAAGGCUGAACUUGGUCUUUAUUAUAUAGCAAUACACCUGAACUUUUAGCUUAAAGCUUACUUGAAACAAUGUGAAUGUUCAAUUGAGUCUUACCCGAAACAGCACUGCAAUAUUUAAUUUUAAUUGUAUAUUCACUGUGUGCGUGUGUAUGUGGGAUUAUACUACAAAUGUAUGCAUAUAUAUUUAUGGUGCUUAUUACUAUAAAUAUAUUUGUAGAAAUAUUAUGUAUGUGUGUAUAUAGUUUGGAUAAAUUAUUUUAGAGUUUCCGAAUAUAACGUAAGUAUAAUCAGAGUAGAGCAUUCUUCCAAUUUUUUAUACGUAAAGGUAGUACUCUGUGGCGAAGCAAGGACUUUUGAAUGUCCUGUACCUGUAGUUGUAGUGUAGUCCGGGUUGCCUCCGCUUGUUUGCCUGGAGUAACAUUCUGGGGUGUCUUACCACUUUGAGCGUUUCAGAGCACAGCCUUCAAUGUCUGGUAUUUGAGGGUAGGAGUUGGCCUUCCACCUCUCUCCUUAAUGAGACGCUGUCCAUGGGAUGGUAUACACAGUACCGUCUGACAAAGCACACCUUUCAGUAGACAGCGCAUCCUGCUGACUUGCGGGUUACUGUGGUGUACACUGUUUCUCUCUGGGCAGCUACUGAGCUGUACCCUGGACCACCAUUAAUUCAGUCUUCUGUGAGGGUGUGGCUAGAAGCACAGUGCUUUUUUCCGUCUCUGUCCGUCCAUCACUAUUGUUUUUUUUCCCCACAACUCCCCUUCUUAACUCAUAUGAUAGAAAUGUCAACAACAAUCCAUUGUACCAUGGAGUGUGCAAUAGUAAUGAAGAACUGUCCAUGGUUUGAUGGACGUGCUGGGCCCUGUGAUUCCCACGCACAAAGUACUCCGAGUACUUUGCCGAAGGGCUGCACGUGCUGCACCCCAUGCAUUUCUGCUGCGCCCUCUUCAGAUUGAUCCCUGUGGUCCUGCAUGUUCCCCUCAUUGCUUUCGGCUGUUCCUCAAAUGCAGACGCUAACAUUGUGAGCUGGUUUAUUUGGAACCAAAGCUCAUAGACGUCCCUCACAAUCUGGAACAUGCUUUAUGUAAAUAAAUUCAUAUAGUCUCUCUUUGUGGAGGCACACAGCCCCACUGUUACCGGUUUAAAGUAGAUCUGGGUCUGUAAAGUUCUGCAUUUUUUUUCCUUUCCUGAAGUAAACUGUCAUGAUCUGUCACAUAAACCUAAAAUUAUCAAUUUUUUUCUAGUUAGGUGAAAUAAAUAGGUUAACCACAUAAAACUUUUGUAUAUUGUUGCAGAAAAAACACUUGGUGGUAUUUUAUUUUGUUUAUUUACUAGUCCUCGGUAUCACAGAAGCAAUUUUAAAGACCAGCGAAAUUAGUUGGGUGUUUUAAUUUAGCUGCGUGGUCAGUGACUGCAGGGAGGUUCUCUGAUCAGUUUAUUGUAAAUAGUUGACUUUUCAAAGCUGCUGUGCUGUGAGUGGAUCCUCUGUCCAUCACUCCUCCGUCCCUUUACCCGCCUGCGAGGUUUUCCAUUGCUUACCGAUGUAUUUGGACGCGCCUUAUGGAUUUUCAGUUUCAUUUACCGACUUCAUAACUGUCACAUAGCUGUGUUUUAUUUUCAGAGUUUAAAGUCUGGUGUCAGACUUUUAACCCCAACACAUUUAUUCCCGUGGAAUCAAUCAAUACAGGCUAAGUUAAUUAGAAAUGCUAUUUUUGGACAACACCGCCUUCCUGAGCGCGUGUGCCACACCGUCAUCGUGUAUAAGUACUUAUCAUAUGCAGUACCUUGUGUUUGCAGCAGAUAUUGAUGUAGGUGUCUCUUAUAGCCAUGCUCUCCAUCUAUAUGCAUUUCGGCACACAUUUAAUCGCCAAAUGUAACCUCGUCAGAAGAUCAGGCAUCGGGACGUUUCAGUUUGCUUACCAAAGCUAGCGGUAGUAUGCAUGACGUCAGCCCCACGCGUGUGGGUGAAGGGAGCUCUGUAAGGACGGCUCUCCCUGCAGCUCCUUCGCUAUCUCACAAUCAGUAAACAGUUUGAAUUGGUUUUCAUUAUAUAAUAUACAUAUUUUACAUACACUACACAUACACACACAUAUAUAUAUAUACACACACACACAUCUUAUUUUAAAACUAUUUUUUGUGCUUCUUAAAGAUCAGCUAUAUUUCUUUACAAGUGAGAACUGGACUUUUAAUUUGUAAAGUUUUAUUUUCUACAGUAACCUCGCAGUUCCAGAAGGCUCUAAUUUGGAUUUAGGACUCAAGGUGAAACACAUUCCUUCAUUUCGGUGUAAGUUUGUCCCUAAUCUGUGGUUUACACGUUUGUUCAAGAAACUUUCUCAGUGUAUUCUGUUGCACUGAAUCGGGUUAAAGAAAAAAUAUAAUAUAUAUAUAAACAAUAAUAAUGACACAUGAAUGUGAGACAAAGGCAAGUCUUUGUGAUAUUCAGAAAUAGUAUUUAUUUUAAUCUUGCUAUGUAGGAAUAUGUAAAAACUUUCCAAACCCUUGAUGUGUAAUUUUGAAAGUUUUAUGCUGUUCCUUCCUACAUUCUCCCUGGUUCCGUCUUGACACGAGUGUCGUUGUAGACCUGCCAUGGCUUCAGCCUAAGAUGUAGGAAUCCUCUGUAGGACGCAGACUUAAGCUGCUCGUCGGCGCAGCAGGGGGAAGAGCUGCGCUCUCUGCAUUACUGCAUUACUGCUUUUCAGUGUUGCGCUGCAGAGCUGGAUGUAAAUAGUCAGUUGAAUGUAUUUGAGUCUUCCACAAACACUAACUAAAAGUAGCUGUUAGAGAAACAAAUCAGGCUUCCAUGUCCUCCCUCAAAUCACUCAUAAUGUAUUCUUAAGGGGCACUAGGACUAAUUUCAACAUUUCCGUGAUUUCCUUCAUUCCAAAGUCACUUUGCUGAACGUGUAACCAAAGGUGUUCAUGACACAGUUGAGAUUUUCAGUGGAAUAUUGAUAGAAUCCGUUCAACAUAACCAUCUGACACUUUCUGUAGCUCUGGUCUAUAUGCUAUAAAUGGUAUGUAAACUAAGCUGGCUAAUUUUCCUUUAGAGAGUAUCCUUUUUGAUUCAAAAAGGCAUAAGUGAAUGGUUAAUCUCUGCGGUCCACAGUGGUAACAAUGGUGAAAAGAAGGGUUCAAUAAAGGGGCGAGGGAAUUGUAUUAGUUCAAGAUCUGCUGACAAAACUGGCUUGUUUAGUGAGACUCCAAGGGCUGAGUCUGUCUGGGAAUGCUGGGAUGGAACAAGCACAAAGCCACACUAGCAAUACUCAAACUCAGGGCUAAUGAACAGCCAGCUGCCUAGCAGGCCUCGUGCAGCCUGAGGUCAGUGUGCUGCACACCGAAGGCCCGCACCCUCCGCCAUGCUCACAGGAAGUGCUGGAGCCCUCCUGGCAGCCCCAAAUAUUUUUUCCCCCAAAAUUUUUUGCCUAAAAUAAGCGUUUUAAACAAAUAAGCACCUUACUGUCUGCCCCAGCUUAGCACCAGGACGUUUUCAGCAGAUUCCUGGAAAAGGUGGGCAGCUGUACAAUGUUCCCUUCAGCUUUUUCAGAUGUCUGUAGGCUUGUGGCCCCAGGUGUGCGGGUCUAACCCAAGCUACCCGAUGAAAUCUAUGCCCAUCUGGGCAUAUUUACCGAUUCCCCGGUCCCAGUUUUAUUCUCUGGUAAAUUUUUCUCACUGAAUGUCCUAGAUUUUUAGCAUCAUGAUUUUUUCCCCUGUCCACACACAUCCCAAAGACAAAGGAGCCAAGCUGGUCUGUCUGUGUUUAGAUUUCGCACUGCUGGUGCUCAACAGCAGCGCACUCACCUCUGUUUAAUAACCGCUUACCUGCGCUUACUCCAUUCCAGUCUGUCUUAGUGUAAAUAUUUAAGAAUCUUAGCCCUUCAGUACAGUGAUAAAGGUUCACAUGUAGGACUAGGGUUCAGAUAUCUAGGAAUUCAGUUUGUGCGUCCAGCGCAGAGGUGCUGAAAUAGAACGGGAUCCUGUUUCGGCGAGAGCGCAGUGUGUUGCUGAAUUUCAAAUUUUCUUCAUGUUUGUGAUGUGAGCGAUGCACAAGCAUGACCUCGUGGUGAAGGCGGUCCAUCAAACACGUAUACAGACAGGAAACGGAUUUGUGCUUUUAAAGCUUUUUUUGUGGAGGCUCCAGGCUCCGUUUGCAAAGUCUACGGCUGAUUGAGACUCGCUGGUUGGAUUGUAUACUCUAUUGUAGUAGAACGUAUGAAUGUAUAAUUUAGAAGAGCUACAUGUGUAUAGUGUUUAUGUAAAUAUAUAAUACACAUAAAAUAUAUACUCAUACAUUUUAAAUACUUCUGUGUUUCAUAUGACCCUUUUGUGUUAACAUUUGUUGCAGUCAUAAAUCGUGAAGUCUUGCGUGUGAAGGGCUUCAUAGUGCUGUAAUUAAUUUAAGCAGUUUGACUUGCUAUCGGUAACGGCCGAGAAGUUUGAACAAUCUGCCCCACCUCCAUGGACUUGUUAAACGAAAUGAUACCAAGGAGUUUCUUCAAAAAUGUUAUUUUUGAAACGUAAAGGAAAAAAAAUGUGAUAUAUGGUAAAUUUGUGCACAACUUACGCGAGUGAGCUCUGCAGGCUUUGAAGCCGACUGAAAUCACUGCAGCCGAUGUUUGCUAGUUCUGUGUUAUGAAAUUAUUAGCAGCAAAAUCACCGUGGUGAUGUUUGUCAUUGUAUCUGCCAUAAGUUACUGCUUGAGAAUAAAAUGCUGAGAUUCCUCUAA